AUGGCUAUGAGUCCGCGCACGCCUAUCAUGGUCGGCAUACAGUAUUUCUACACCGCACUCUUCUGUGUAGAGCUUGGCCUCCGCGCAGCUGCUUACGGCAAGGAAUAUUUCUGCGCGCAGGACUGGGCGUGGGCAGCCCUCGAUGUUUUCAUCGUGCUUACUUCCCUUUGGGAGGUUUUCGUAGAUACCUGGUAUGCUCUCGUCGAUGACGGUUCGACCAGUAUAGACAAUUUCGGAGGCCUUGCCGGCCUCAGAGCUUUCAGGAUUGUGCGAAUCACGCGCAUCGUGAAGACCGUCCGCCUGAUGCGCAUCUUCCGGUUUGUACUGGCAUUGAGGACACUUGUCUACUCCAUUCUUCACACUUUGAAGGCUUUGUUUUGGGCAUUGGUGCUGCUUUUUCUCAUUGUCUAUGUGUUUGCGCUCAUCUUCACACAGGCUGUUAACGGUCACCUUCACGAUCCUGAAGCUCCACAGCUGCCCGCAGCAGAGCUCGAAGUAAGUCUGACCUUCUACGGCACUCUGAUUGACACAAUGGCCAGCCUCUUCAUGAGUGUGACAGAUGGUGUGAGCUGGGAGAAAAUUUACCGGCCCCUCCACCUGAUCUCGCCGUUAUGGAGCUUCCUUUUCCUGUUUUAUGUGUGUUUUGUGUACUUCGCGGUCCUCAAUGUGCUGACGGCAGUCUUCUGUCAGAGUGCCAUCGAGAGCGCCGAGAACGAUCACGCGACGGCCGUGCAGAAUAUGAUGGCCAACAAGGAGAUGCACUUGAAAAAGAUCCGGGCUCUCUUCAGCCAAUUGGGCAACGAAGAGUCUGGCGUGAUCACCUUCGGCCAGUUUGAGUCCAAGAUCCACUCGCCAGAAGUCCGCGAGUACUUCGAGACUCUCGGCUUGGAUGUCGAGGAUGCUUGGAGUUUCUUCAAACUCUUGGACCGGGACGGUGGCGGAUCGGUUGAAGUGGCCGAAUUCCUGAAGGGCUGCCUGCGAUUCCGAGGUCAGGCCAGGGCUAUAGACAUUGGACAGCUGCUUCACGAUCAGGGAUGGCUACUGCGACACCAAAGCAGAUUCCACACCUACAUGGAAAUGGAGCACCAGAAGCUGAAGAAGCAGAUCUCCUCCUUAACCGCUAUGCUGACGACCUCGUUGGAUCUCAAGCCGCGGCAGAAGCCAGCGCGGUCGGGGAAAGAGCUGGGCGAGCAGGGCCAGGUGGCUGCUCGACGAGGCCGCGGAGCUGCGAGCGUCCUCAAGUCAGUUAAUGCUGGAAGCCGGUGGCCUUCCGCGGGCAAAGGGGCCGCAGCUCGCUUUAGAGGCUCAGAAGGUGUUACUCUCUGGACUCCGGGUGGAUAUGAGAAUGCUGAAGUUUGUCGAAUCCGAUCGUCUUGCUGUAGGUCAGAAAAGUUGACAAUGACGUGCGCACACCCGCACAUCACAGUUGUCAAAGCCAAGACCGAGGAUGUGGCAAGCCCUUCUUCCGCAGCACAGGCGGCUUCGAAAGUGGGUUCCUGGUCCCUGCAGCUGGAGCUGCUUGAAUCCCUGCGCAUGCAGGAGAUUGUGCCGGAAAUGAAGUGCUGCGGCGCGGCCCUUGCUGCGGUCGGCCGUUCCGGCCCCUGGCCUCAUGCCAUGCACCUGCUAAGAUAUCUCGCUGAGCGAUCACUUGAGUCGAACUCCGUAAUGUGCACCGCCGCACUUCGAGCAUGUUCCACCGGCCAGUCCUGGUUGCUUGCAUCGCAGCUUUUCCACGAGAUGCAGCUCACCAACACACCACCGGACGAGGUGACCUUCGGUUCUCUCGCCUGCCAGGCUCAGACAGAGCCACCUUGGGCGCGUGUCGCGUCCCUCCUUUGGCACGUGCGCAUGGGCGGAUUGCGGGCGAAUCUCGUACUGCAGAACACCGCCAUCACCGCGUACCAGCGUUGUGGGCAGUGGCGAAGAGCGCUGCUGCUACACUCGAGCUUGUCAAGCAGAGCGCUUGUGCCGGAUGCAAUCAGCCACAACAGCGCCAUCUGCGCUUGCGAUGAGGGCUCUAAGUGGGAGCCUGCUCUCGUGAUGCUGAAGUCCAUGGGCCCUGUGCGACCAGAUCAGUUUUCCUUCACAGCCGCGGGCGCGGCAUGCGGCCGGGCCACGGCCUGGGCGGAGGCCCUGGUGAUGAGCGACGCUCGAAGGUACCGCUUGCAGCUCUCUUCAAUGAGCUGCAGCGCGGCCAUCAGUGCAGCUGCCAAGCAAAGCCACUGGCAGCUGCCCUUGAGUUUGCUAUGUGCCGCUGCAAAGCCCAGUGGUGCCAUGUACAGAGCUGCUGUCGACGCAUGCGAUCGCGCGGGCUUUCCGCAGCAUGCCCAGGCAGUACUUAUCGACUCCGAGCUGAACGGAGCCCACAGUUCUCCGACAUCCUUUUGUUGGGCGUUGGCCCGACUUGGCGUUAACGAACCGGCUGUCAUCCACGCUGCCCUGGCAGAAGCCUUCUCUGCCCAGAAGCAACAUUUGAACGCCGUGGAUGGCUUGCCAUUGCUUCUUUGGUCCUGCACAAUGCUUGGUGCAAAAAACGAUCGGUUCCAAUUAAGCGUAGCUGAGGAGCUGUUGCGGCAUCGCGCCGCAGUAUCCACCGACGACCUCCUUCUUGCAGCUUGGGGCGCGCCACCUGCAGCACACAUCUUCGAGCAGCUUCAAUCGGAGAUGGUGCUCAGGCUAGAGAGAUCCAGUGGCCCGGAGCAAGGCGACUCCUUUGCCGAGGAUGUCCUGGGCAUUGUUAGCGCUUCUGCGGCUGCCGGAUUUUUGAGUGCUUCGUUCUCCCUGGUGGCAAAGCGCUGGCUGCGCAGCCUCGCUAUGCGGGCAGCGAGGUUGGCAUCUCCCGCAGCUGCCCGCCCACCCCCGCCGAAUCCGGGCCAGCAGCCGCAGGUCGUGCUGGAUCUGCCCCAGGAAGCGUGCAUCCUCAAGCCUCCAGGCUGGGAGGUCUACGAUGACAAUGCUGACUAUCAAUUGUCAGACUUCGUGCGGAGCCGAUUUGGUUGCAGAAUUGCGAACGACCUCAGGUGCCGCUAUGGAUUCUUGCAUCGCCUCGAUGUGCCGAGCUCGGGACUGAUUCUGGCAGCAAAAACGCAUGAGUCCUAUUACGAUCUCCACUUCCAGCUGGCAGCCGGGCAGAUAUCACGGAGCUACGUAGUGCUUUGCCACGGCUUCGUCUCUAAAGGGCGCCGUGUCCUCACUGCCUCUGUGUCCUGGCGCCGUCAGGGUGAGGCGAGGCCCUCCGCAGCGGGCGGGCGUGGCCGGCCAAGCUUCGCUUCACUUGAAGGCGGCGUACACGGUGUGCUGCAGGUCAGGGCCGUCAGCCGCCUCAGCCUGUGCAUAUCGACGGGUCGCCGUCACCAACUCAGAAGUCAGCUCGCACAUGUUGGCCAUCCCGUCGUCCGUGAUGCACUCUACUCCAGCCAGUGGUCGUUCGUGGCGGAUGCCGACUUCUGCCAGCGGAACUGCUUGCACCGCUCAGGUCUUGGCUUCCACGACAUGCGAGGCCAGCCGCGAUACGCCCGAGCUCCGCUGCCUGAUGACCUCCGGCAGUCCUUGAGCCAAGUCAGACUGCUGCGAGAGUGGUCCUGUGAAGAGAAAAAGGCCUUCCUGGAAUUUGCUUCCGCUGCCUCGCGGCGACGAGCCCAUUCAAAGAAUGAGGGCUAUGCGGGCUCCUCCCAGCUGAUGCUCAUACCGAGUAACGAGAUCGGCGUGAACACAGCGAAACAGGUGCCUCGCUUACUGUCAG